CGAGGAGAUUCCCGUGCUUCGCUUCAAUCGGGAGGCGGACGCAGCGCAGAACGUCUCCAUUUUAUUCCUGAGUGAGAGAGAGCUUGACAUCAACACUUUCCCCGAUAUCCCGCCCGACCGCUUGCUCCACGGAGUACUCCCUUGACGACGCGAAACGACCUCCCCCGAGCUAGAAUCACUCCUGGUUAUUCUUCGAAAACACGAAUAUAACACACCCUUAUAACCAUACAUCCAAACAUGAUUGCGCAACGGGUGGGCGUGUCGGCCCUGCGCCGAGCGGCAGGAAAGCCCUCCGUCUUCUUCAACUCCCAGGUCCCCAAGAUUGUCGCCGCUUCGAGCAUGUCGACGACCCAGAUCCGCCCCGUUGCGACCUCGAAGCUCACCCCCGAUGACGGCCUUGAACUCCUCGCCAAGCAGCGCCUCAACCGCCCCAUCUCCCCGCACCUGACCAUCUACAAGAUCGAGCAGACGUGGUUCGGCGCCUCCAUCUGGACCCGCAUCACCGGCGCCGGCCUGUCUGGCGCCUUUUACGUUUACUUCGGCACCUACCUCGUCGCGCCCCUGCUCGGAUGGCACGUGGAGACCCAGUCGCUCGUCGCGGCUUUCGGCGCCCUGCCCCUCGCCGCCAAGGGCGGUCUCAAGUUCCUCGUCGCCUGGCCCUUCACCUUCCACUUCUUCAACGGCAUCCGCCACCUGUCGUAUGACCUCGUCAAGGGCUUCAGCAAGCCCGACAUCGUCAAGUGGGGCUGGGUCAUCUGGUCCACCUCGCUGGUCUCGGCCGCCGGCCUGGCUUUUGCGUGGUAAACGGAGAGGAAGAUUGGGAAGGUGGAGAAGGGAGUGCGGGGGAGAGAGAGAGCAAGAUUCGCGUGUCCGUGUUUGGGCGACGUGGUAAUGGGGAAUCGGCGGCUAAGGGGGGAAUGGAUGUGUGAGCUUGCCGUUGUGAGGAAGUGUUUGGGAGAUGGGAGACUGGAGUUCUGAUUGGCUGGCGCCUGGGUUUGCUGGGCGUACGGCCUCCCUUCUGCUUAAGGCGAGGGAUUGUAUAGACUGAAAGUUGUAAAAUGAAUUCCCUUGAGUAACAAGCACGUUAAUCAAUCUUUCCGCCUACGUAACGAAGACCAUGGGGGCGCAGUCGUGAGAGGAUGCCAUGUGGUGAUUGAGAGACUACGGCAACGGACGACAACCAACGACCGAGAACAGCA